AUGCAAGUGGCGAUUCGUCCACGUUUUUUCUUAGGUUUAGACGGCUCAGCCUCUGACAUAGCCCCUACUGCAACAGUACUUCUUAACAAGGAGAAACAAGAAGUGAACUUUCUGAAGGAGAAGUUGGAAUGGCAGAAGAAAAAGAUUGAAGAACUUGAGAAAGAGAGAGAUUUUCUCCGUGGACAGUUGUCUGCCCUCACAGUUAAAACAAAGGAAGAAACCAUGGAUGCUCCAUUCACUGUGAAUGAUUCUGAAACCUUUGAUACAUCAUCCAUGUCUUCAUCCUCAUCUUCUUUAUCCUCAUCUUCUUCUUCAACCCCCAAAAAGCGCAAGCACAAAUCCAAAAAGAAGCACAGCAAGGGAGCCAAGAAACACAAGAAAGAGCACAAGAAGUUUCGGCAGCGUAUAAAAACACCAAGUGAAAUUGUGCGCCGCUACAGAUCCAUCCUUGAAACUUUACCGAAGGCAAAGACGAUGACCAGGGCCUUCCAGAAGCACGCCGUUGACAGGAACACUGUGGUGUCCACUUCAGCUAUUGGAGAGCUUGCUAUUGCAGUUUCUGAGGUAUAUGAAGAGGUUCUGGCCAAGAGGCCUAGUGGAAAAACAGUGCUUGCCUUUGCUAAGAGGUGUGAGGCAUCUAUUCAGAAAGAUGAAGAUGUGAAAGAAAAAAUAGAAAGCGUGAAGGCUGGGGGUACACUCAUUCCCAUUAGGAGAAGCAAACCUGUUUAAUGGCUGUUUAUGGCUGUUUAUGCUUUGUUCUGCUUAUACUUUGUUCUGUUUAAAAUGUAUUUGGCACGUUGGUUCAAGUUCAUGGGUGAAAAAACUUAAAAUACAGCAGUAUGUGAGGUAUACUUUUUGGUUUGUUUAGGAAAACUUUUGUUUAGAACAGCUGUUUUAUUUUUAGAUAAAAACUUAGACUUGGUAAAGAUUUAGACCGAUUUAAAUUAAA